CCUGACUGUCCCAGAAUGAGGGCCCGUCUGUCUGGCUUGGUUGAGCUCUUCAGAUGGUUGUACUUUAAAGUUGUGUGGGUGAAGCUUCUGGCUCCACAGCGCCACAGGUUCAGCUGUGCAGACAUCACUCUGACUGCGACGAGGUUCUAUCUGGAUGUGACAAUGGCAGACAGCUCAUACUGCUUCUACUGUCGUGAGGAUCUUGGGGGAAAGAAGUUUGUCCGUCAUGAAGGAAAAAUUGUCUGCGUUGACUGCCACUGCAAGUUUUGUGCCAACUCCUGUGCCCAGUGCUUUCGUCCGAUCUCUGUGGAUUCAAAGGAGCUGAGCCACAAAGGCCGCUACUGGCAUGAAGACUGUUUUCAUUGUGCAAAGUGUUACAAGCCUCUGGCGAAGGAGCCUUUUGGUACAAAAGACGACGCCAUCAUGUGUUUGACGUGCUGCUCUAGAGAGGACGCCCCACGUUGCCACGGUUGCUACAACAUUAUUCCAGCUGGCAUAGAGAGUGUAAAGUACAAAGAAAACUUGUGGCAUGAAGAGUGCUUCACCUGCUGCAGCUGUAGACGGCCUAUUGGAUCACAAAGUUUCAUCUCCAAGGACAAAGACAUUUACUGCAGCCCCUGCUAUGACAAGAAAUUUACAAAAGACUGCGUCAGCUGCAAAAAGGCGAUUACAUCUGGAGGAGUGAACUACCAGGACCAGCCGUGGCACAGCGACUGUUUUGUGUGCAGCGGCUGCUCUGAGCCUCUGGCAGGAUCGAGCUUCACCAACCAUGAGGAUCAACUCUUUUGUGUCGACUGCUACAAGAACCGCGUGGCCAAGAAAUGCAGUGGCUGUAACAAUGCCAUCACAGGCUUUGGUAAAGGGGUGAAUGUGGUGAAGUUUGAGGACAGGUCCUGGCACGAAUACUGCUUCAAAUGUAAGGCAUGCUCAGCCAACCUGCCUCAAAAAGGCUUCAUCAUCAAAGGAAGAGACGUCUUCUGUACCGAAUGCAGCAACAAGGAGUGACGGACAACCCAACUGCUGUUUUCUUUGUCUCUCAAAACCCAUAUAUUUGAUUCUUUCAUGAGAGCCUUCAUUUUAAUAAACAUGUUUAUGCUUGUGUCGUUUACACAAAGGCCAUUGUAACAUUGAGGCCAGAGUGUGCAAGCUGUUGUUUGCUUUGAUGCUGCAUGAUAACAUUUACACACUGCUGAAUAUUGUAGUAACACACUACAACAUUUAACACAAACCUCUCAGCUCAUUUUGCUUAAUUCAGCUAUUUAUGUAAAAUACCCAAUUUUUGAAUAAUAAAAAAAAUAUUAUACCUUA